AUGUCCAUAGAUAUUGACUGGGAACGCGCCACCUCUGGCCCAGACGGCGAGCUUCUGGCAGAGCGCAUUCGCUCAUUCAUACAUGACAAAUUUCAGCAGAUAGUUCUGCCCAGAUUCAUUCGCUCAGUGCAAGUUACCUCCUUCAAUUUCGGUACGAUACCUCCAGAGCUUGAAAUCCGCGAUCUCAGCGAUCCGUUCCCGGAUUUCUAUGAGGAUGAUGACGAAAAUUUCUCUGACAGCUCGGAGGAGGGGUCGCCAACGAGGGAGCCGGUUGAUAGAUAUGGGAACAGAGUAGAUUCGUGGCAGGCAAAUUCUCCAGGAGGACCUGGAGGGCAAAUGUAUGAAUCUAACCAACCUUUACGGAUGCCUGCGUGGGAAGAACAUACCGGAAUAUCCCCUCUACGGGGGCCCAUGAAUUUUGGAGAUAUAAACCCGUAUCUAUUUCCCAGAUCAGGGACACCGGGCAUACCUGGGGGUACCUCGAAUCUAGGUUACUACAUGCCGCUGAGUGGACUUUCAAGCUCACAAACACCACUGGGAGCAGUAGCUCGUGGCAACCCGUUUUCGGGCGGAUGGCCAGAUGCUCAUGGAGCAAGACCGUCCCGUCGCAGAUCAGAAGCUGAACCAGACUCUGCGCAAUCUCGACCGUCUACUGCGAAUACUGGGAACACACUGCCAUCGCGCGACUCAAUGAGUAUCAGUGAUCCACACCAUUCCCAUGCUUCGCAAGGAAUGCCAAAUAACCAAGGGCAAGCCCUUGAACCCAACAUCCCACCUACUUCUCCUAACCAUCCCCUCGACGAUACCCCACCCCGGCGAAUGCGCGAACAAAAAGCGGAGGAUUUCCAAGUCUUCUGUAGGACGAAAUAUGCAGGCAAUAUCAGUCUUUCAUUAACCGCGGAGAUCCUCCUUGACUACCCGAUGCCCAGUUUCGUUGGACUACCCUUAAAACUUAACAUUACAGGCCUUACAUUUGACGCCGUAGCUGUCAUUGCGUAUAUUCGAAGACGAAUACACUUCUGCUUUCUUUCACCAGAGGAUGCUGAUACGCUAAUGGGACCGGAAACUGCUGGCGGCGGCGGCGGAGGGGAUACGUCGGAACCAAAUUCUUCACGACGGAAACCUUCUAGUCUGCUGCGUGAAAUCCGAGUGGAAAGCGAAAUAGGCAGAAAGGAGAAUGGAAAGCAGGCUUUGAAGAAUGUUGGGAAGCUGGAGAAGUUCGUGCUUGAGCAAGUGCGCCGGAUUUUCGAGGAGGAAUUUGUAUACCCGAGCUUCUGGACUUUUCUUAUUUGA